GUCGUUCUGAGGCUAGUCACUGCUCUCACCGCUUAAAUUCAAUUUAUUCUCUAAAUUAAGAGAUUUAACAAAGGUGGUGAUGGGUGACAUUCGUCAGUCCUUGCUGCCUCGCGAUGUACUGAGUGCAGCAAAGGAGCUACUGUACCACCUGGACAUCUACAUCUGUAACCUGGUGCAGUCAGGGAGGCAGCCUCCUCAGGUCGACUCUAAAACCCUGGAGCUGGUGGAAGAGUUCAUCCUGCACUCACCAAAGGACAGAAACACACCAGCAAGGAGAAUGAGUGCCCUGCAGGAGCUGCAGCUGCUGGAGAUCAUGUGCAGCUGUUUCCAGGAGCAGAGUCGUGACACUGUCCGUCAACUGAUGUUCUCCGCCCUCUUCAGUCUCCAAGGCAACCAGGCAGAUGAAAGUCGCAUGGGAUUGCUGGGCAAGCUGGUCUCCAUGGCAAUUGCUGUGGGCAGAGUUCCUAUCUUGGAAUGCGCUGCUACCUGGUUACAGAGAACCCACCGUGUGUACUGCAUUCGCCUGGCUCAAGUGCUAGUAGACGACUACUGUAGUAUGGUUCCAGGCUCAGUGCCCACCUUGCAGAAUAUCCACAGCGCCAGCCCACGCUUCUGCUGCCAGUUCAUCACUGCUGUUACCACCCUCUACGACCUCACCUCAGAGGAACUCACUCCUCCCCUAGAACUUCUUCAGAUGAUUGUGUCAUGGAUCCAAGAUGACCCUCGCCUCGUCCUAAUCACCUUCCUGAACACGCCCCUCUCUGGCAGCCAGCCAAUCAGCUCACUUGAUGUCACACCAUUAGGGGGGUUGGUGCGGUGGUGCGUCAAAGCCCCACUGGCCUACAGGAGAGACAAGAAGCAGGCGCUGACAAACGGCAGCACUGAGAGUGAGCUAGAAGUGGGACCGCUUUUCUCUACACUCCAUCUAAGUGUCCUACAGGUCUUCAUGCUCCUAGCAAACAUACUAAAUGAGAAAGGGCUUUUUGGUCGCCUGGCACUGCUCCAGAUGGAUUCUUUGGCAACUUUGACUUCUGACCUUUCCCGACUGUUGGACCAGGCCGACAAACAUACACACACAUCAUCCGCUGAUACACAUGCAGCGUCGCAGCUGGCUCUGGACCGGCUGGCACAGGCUCUGCAGGUGGCCAUGGCCAACGGUGCCCUGCUCUGUUCGAGAGAGGACCUAAGAGCCAUCUGUUCCCGCCUUCCUCACAACAACUUGCUCCAGCUGGUGUUGUCGGGCCCAGUGAUGUACUACAACAACAUCCACACUCCUCCGCUGGCCUUCAGCCCACACGCUGCCCAUUCUCCCAUCGCCUCACACCCAACACAUCCAACACAUCCAACACACCCCACACACCCCACACACCCCACACAUCCCACACACCCUGCACACACCCCACACACACCUCUAGCCACCCAUCCUUCCUCUCAUCCCCAGUACCCCGCUCAGCCUUUCAUGACAGGGAUACCAUUCCCUUUCCGACCCAGCCACUAAAGAAAAUAAUGUCUGCAGAUGUGAAAAUGUGUGUGUGUCUGUGUGUGUGUGUGGAUGGUGGAUAAAGAAUGUUGUUUUCAAUAUGAGUUUGAUGUGCGGGUAUGACGAUUUAUGUAUUAUGAUGUUAAUAAGCACAUUUGCUUCUAAUAGGUCUAAG